UUAACUAUUUAUUUUUACGCAGCUUGUCAUUCUUGACGGACCUGUAACCAUGUACACAAAGUAUGCUUUCUGUAUGACAGUAAUUUUAUUGGUGAGCAUCAUGGUAUUCAGAGACAUAUAUGACCAGGGCUAUGGCCAUGCUUACCCACUCUCCUUACCUGCCUUCACACUAAACUCUAGUCUCUGGGAAAAAAUACGACCUGACGAUGCGGACACGCCUCGUGAAAAGGAAUACAAAGACACCACCUUUUCUUCCAACGUCGCAAGUGCAGAAAAAACAACAGCAGUUAGCGAUAACACACAGUGGGAUUUUGUGACUACAGCCACUACAGGUGCGGAGGAACCUUGGGAAAGAAAUGCCGAACGUAGGAUGACUCAGAGACGGAAGUCGGUUCGCGCUCGUUGUGACCAGAUUGGGAAGUAUCCAUACAGCGUUCGGGUCACAAGUCAAAGGUCGCUUUACUACUCCGCGAAGUAUGAUCUUCUGGUGUGUGUUACUGCCAAGUCCGGUGCCUCUACCUGGAAGACGCACCUCCUCCGGAUGAAAGGAGUAGAUGACCCUAUCAUACGUAAUCCUCAUGCCCUGAAGUACAGCUCGAUGAUCCACGCCCUGUCUCAGCUCGGAUAUUUCAACGUACAACGGAAACUGAAAUCACCUUUUGUCACGCGGGUCAUGACCGCCAGACACCCGCUUUCUCGUCUCGUCUCUGCAUAUCGGGACAAGUUCCGCGACGGUCAGGCUCCUCCUGGCUAUCGAUGGGGCGCUCUCAUAAGGCAGUAUUGCGGUGACUGUAAGGAUAACAACGGAAGUCUUCCAUUCCCUCAGUUCCUCAGGCUUGUGCUUGCUGAGAAGGCAGAUAAAGGCCUCAUAAACCUAAACCGUCAUUGGCGUCCGUACUCGAGCAUCUGCAGCCCGUGUGACAUCCAGUACAACUACAUCCUGAAGCAGGAAACCUUCGACGACGACCUCCGCUACGUGACCGAGCACCUCGAUCUGCAGGAGGUGGAACUCGGGACUCGAAAUAACAACAAGAGCAACAGGACGCACCUUCCCACCUACCUGGCUUACUAUGACGACGUUCCGAGCGAAGUUCUGGGGCGAAUCUUCAAACUGUACGAGACCGACUUUAGAAUCUUUGAUUACGAGAUUCCACAGUCUCUCCUGGAUAGAGUAAAAAAAUGAAACUAAAUAUUAGGGCGGGCCAAGUGGUUAUGUUACUUCGACGAAGACUGUGAAGUCAAGUAGAACAUCAUGAUACUGAAAUAAAGUUAAAAGAGUUGCAUGUAUGUUUAAUGUUAUUAAGAUAUGAUUGCUGGAUAAAUAUUUUCAGUAUCGUACUCGUACUCAGUUUGUGAUGCUUUGAUAAAAUGCUACAUUUUAUAAAAAAUGUCGCGUAUAAAGUCGCUUAUCUGUGAAUUCUUGCUGAUUAAGAAAUGUAUAUCCUUAUAUGAGAUUCUGGCUCGAUAUACGAUACAUUAUUAUUGUGCAUAAAAAAAAAAAAAAAAAAAAUCACAAUAUAAUAUAUACCUUAUCACUUAUAUC